AUGAACCCUUCUUCGCCUAACUCUGGCGCCCCUUCUCCUGUCUCUGACGACUCUUCGAUUCAGCCUCAUUCACCAUUGUCGUCUGGCGAUAACAACCAGAACAACAGCAAAAUUCCAGUAGCAAAACGUAAAGCCAAUCGUCGAGCUAGCACUGCCGAGCGCCGUGCCACUCACAAUGCCGUUGAAAGAGCUAGAAGGGAGACCCUGAAUGGAAGGUUUUUGGACCUUGCCGCGCUUCUCCCUAAUCUUUCGCAACUUCGACGUCCCUCCAAAUCUGCGAUAGUUAACUCUUCCAUUGCUCACGUUCAUGCUGCUCGUCGUCACCGCCUUCUUGCUUCUCGCGAGCUUCGUUUAUUGAAGCUUGAGUCUGAUGCUCUUCGCCGUGAACUCAACGAAUGGCGAAACAGGGCCAGUAUUCCCCGGAUCGAUGAACCCGUUCGAGGAGAGGGGUUCAGUGUGGUUCUCAGUGGAGAACCUGAAAUAAUACCUAUCCCGGGAGGGGCUGGCCUUCAAGAAGAAGGAGACGAGGACGGCUAUGGAGAUGAGAUGGACGAUGAUUACAUGCCUAUGAGCACAACAACGAUGCACAGCGACGAAGAAGCCAGGGUUGCUGCGCUUUUGAAAUCUCAACCUCAGGGACCUUUUGUGCCUGCGAUCGACACCAACGUACAUCCAAUGAUGCGAACUUCUUCGAUGCACUCUCACCCUGGCGUACGCCCGAUGGCAUCUCCCGCCGGUGGACCUAUGAUCGCUUCUCCUACCGCCAUGCCUUUUGAGAAUCCUGUUAUCGGUAGAAUGUACGAAUCUGUCCCCUACCACGCCGGGGAUGCCUACACUGGCAACUAUGGCCCAAUACAGGACAAGUGGGGUCCUGUUGGUGGAUACGGACCUGGAAACGUCAAUGAACAGGCGUACCUAAGGUCUCUUGCUCAGAGCAGGAGAUCGAGAAGCGGCAGCCAGUCGAGUGGUAGCGCCAGUCCCCCAUCCGUAUAUUAUGAACAGGCUGGGUGGAAUGGAAAUGGAAUGAGGAACGGAGGCAACAUGAACGGUGGUAUGAAUAUGAGUAUGGGCAUGCACAAUGGGAACAUGGGAAUGGUUGGAGGUGGUGGAUCUACAAUGGGGAAUGGAGGUGUAGCCUUCGCGAUGAUGUAA